AUGAUCUGCCAUCGCUGCCUGCUCCGCGCAGCAAUACAAGCCCCACGCCUUGCCAUUCGUACUUUCUCCACCACCUUCAUCCGCUCCAAUGCGACACCCGUGACCGCGCAGACCACCACUGCCACCAACCCUCGUCCUCAUGAUGUCCAUCCAGCCGCAACCUCGACCUCCGCCGCACAACCCUUCAGCGAACCCCUCACACCCUCCCCCGACCGCUUUCCGCCCAAGCAAAGUGUCAGCAAGCCUCGAGCGCCCAGCUCCGUGCCUGCAGGUACGCCGCUCAAGGGCUUGAAUUUCUUGAAGACUGCGCAGGAUCCGAUUGCGAAGGAAGAUCACGAGUACCCCGAUUGGCUGUGGGGAGUGCUUGAGAAGAAGAGUGAGGACAGUGGGGCUGGAGGGAGGGCAGGGGAUGGAGAUUUGUUUUCAAAAUCGAAGAAACAACGACGAAUAGCCGCCAAGGCACUACGAAAACAGCAGUUACUCAACCCGGAAAUGCUGCAGCCCAAAGUCCCCUUGUACGAGCAGAGCAUCGAUCUCCCUCACGGCGAUGGCACCCUGAGCGGCGCGACGGAAGCAGCACAGGCGAGGCGGGACUUGACAAAGGCCAUGAGAGCCAAGCGGAGGGCGAAGAUUAAGGAGGACAACUUCCUCAAGGGCAUGCGAUGA